AUGAGUACUUCUUCACCGCUGGAAUCACCCGAGACGACGAGUUUCGACCAAUUACAAGCACUUCGUAACGUUCAACUCAUUUCACGGAACGAGUAUCCAUUGCGUCAUCUUGCACGGGAGAAAGUACGACGACGAGCACGUCAAAACGAAGAAUACGAAGACGAAGAAGAGGACGGUGGACGUUGUUUUUGUACGUUUCCCGACGCAAUUGAACGCCAGGACGAAGAAACUCGCCGUUGUGAUGAUGUGUCGUGUCUUAAUUUUGCAACAUAUAUCGAGUGUUCGUCCUCGUGUGUUGCCGGUGGGUUUUGUCGGAAUCAAAGAUUGCAACAUCCGGAAGAGUAUCCACAAUUGGAACCAUUUAAAACGGAACAUAAAGGUUAUGGUGUCCGUACAACCGAAAAAAUUGCCCAACGUGGGAUUGUGGGUGAAUAUGUGGGUGAAAUCAUUGACCCCAAAGAACUGGCCCGACGAUUAAAAAGUGUUCCGCGACACGAACUUAAUUUUUACUAUUUGUUAUUGGCUCCUGGUGUUUAUAUUGAUGCACGAACCAAAGGAAGUUUUACAAGAUUUGUGAAUCAUAGUUGUGAUCCGAAUUGCAAAACGGAAAAAUGGAUGGUCAAAGGAGAAACGAGGAUUGCAGUCAUUGCAUUACGAGAUCUUGACGUCGGAGAGGAACUUACGUUUGAUUAUCAAUGGAAAGCGUUAGGAUCGAGACAGAUUAAAUGUUUCUGUGGCGCAAAAAAUUGUAAAGGCGUGAUUGGGACACAGAAUGAGGUGCUGCCGAAUGCAGAGACUCAGACAGGAUACUUUCGUGACCCUGAGAGACAGGAAAGUGGACUAGCAUUGGUUGGACGACGUGUGCGAGUCUUUCUCUCGCCAGAGGAUAAAACGGCGUACGAUGUGCAGCUUAUCAAGGCUUAUGACGACGAGCAUGAUCGGUAUGAAGUUGAGGAUUUGCUUGAACCUGCAGGAUACGAGACUGAUGAAAAUGACGCUGAAGAAGAGCUUGAUGUAGCGGAGAAACAGUAUGUGCAACUCAAGGAGAAUGGAUGGCAAAUUUUCUGUCCCCCUGGGGAUAAAGAAGCAGAGGCGAUCUUUGCAAUUCCAAAAAAACGUUUUGUACCGACUUUGUCGGGGAUGUCGAGUGCUGAUGGGAGCACAAAUCCAUCUCCUAAGGGGGAAGCAAUACCACAGUCGCUUGUCCGCACUCCGUCACCGGUGGCGAUGGCCAGAUUGGAGAGCAGCUUCAGUACGAGCAAGAAGAAUCAGUUUGGUGAGUUGUUUGACCGCGAUGGCAAAGUGGUAUCCAACAAGUUGCUGGUGAAGUUUUUGCCGAAAGAGUACGAUGCACGUGCCCUGCGUAGCUUGUUUAUCAGCCGGAAGCAUCCAAAUGCACUGGUAAAUGCAGACGUGUUUCAUUUUCUGGAUGGGACGGGCUGGGCACUUGUGGAAUUGGAAAAUAACGAGCUUGCAUCCUCGUUUCGUCGUACCUUGGACCACCGUAAUCUACUCGAUAACAUGUUACGAGUUUAUCAAGCCGGCGCCAAAGAGUUAGAGAACUUUCGUCAUCAGAAAAGUAAGGUGCAGAUGAUGCGUCAUCAGGGAAUGGCGGACAGGAGUGCUACAUUGCCUUCAGCAGGGAAGGAAAGCGUGCCCGAGAUAAAACGGAUAAAUCCUUAUUGCUUUGGCCGAAAGCUCAAUUGGCUUGUUACCGAAGAGCAGCUGAAGAAUCUGGCUGUUCAGCAAGUGUUAUCGGCGUCACUGGAAGAAACGCUGCGGGUGAAAUACGUGAAAAGUAUUUUUCACAUUGCCAAAGGAUUGCGUCUCGACCGAGAGGAUGCCACCAGUGCCAUAAUCGCGCUGAACAGGUACUUCACGUUUCACGCAAUGCCUAUGGAGGUUGACAUCUACGCUGCGACGAUGCUACACUUGUUCUUGAAGGCCCACGCUCGAAAAGUGCCAUGGACAGCAUUUGUGAAAGAAGUGUACAAGGCAAAGCAUGGUUCCUCUGCCGUCGAACGCCUUACAGCCGCCUCACCUGAGCUUGGAGUCCUUAAGCGCCGCCUUGUUAAAGCGGAGGGCGAGUUACUCGAAGGGCUGCAUUAUGACGUAACGGCAGAAGAUCCCUACGCGCUGUUGGAUCUUCUUACAACACGCAAAGGAUCGAAGAAGCUCGUAGCGUUGUCUCAAAGCUACAAUGCCCAUCAAAUGGCCCCGUUUCUUCAAUCGAUGCCUCCACCUGAAGUGCAAAAAGAAGCUAAGCACUUGGUAUCGGAAGUCUUGCCGUUGCCAAUUUGGACGCACACCCCAGCAGAGUGCGUUAUGCUAAGUGUGCUGUACGUGAGCGCUGCUGUCAUCGAAGUGCUGAGCUCCAGUCCAUCCUCUCCGAUCGUCAAAGUUCCCGCAUUUCUGCCACAACUAGACUUGCAAUCUAAAGGAGUCGAAGCGCAUAUGCUGCUGAAUUGCUCUUUGUCCAUUUGUACGCAGUUGAAAGAUCGGUGGGUGCGCUUGCAGAAACAGUCACAGACAGCGCAGCAGAAACAGCCGAAGAAUGGCUCAAGUGAGUUUGACCUGGAACAGUUUGCUGUGCCUCGGGAGAAAAAGAAUGUGGAGAUUUCUGAACAGAUAGCUCGACUACUGAGGCAAUGGGCUAUUGUGUCUACACUGUCCAGCUUACCAACCGGUUCUUCAGUGUUGAGCACAAAUGCGGUGUCAGCUGCUGUGUCUUCGCCGGCAACAAGUGCAUUUCUAAUGACAGCAGGUAAAUCUUCGGCUGUGACAUCCUCGCUGGGCGGAGAGACGAGUUCGAUCACGCCCAAGGCAACGGGAAGCUCAGUGCCAGUUCCCAGCUGGACGACAAGUCAACAUAUUGAUAGUGUGAGCAUUGUGUCGGCGUUAUCUAUCUUCCCGAAGAAAGUUGCAGUUGGCGCAAAUGACACAAGAGUCGAGGGUAUUCGCUUACACACAGAUGAGAUUACCAAGGUUGAGUCCAUUCGGAAACGAGCUUUUUUGGGAGUGAUCUCAAGUAAGGUGAGUCUUGAUCUGGCUGGGCGGCCUGUAUAUCUGCAGUCGUGGCCAUACCUUGAGCAGGAGACGUUUUUCACGGAAGAAAGAGGCAUUAACGAAGCGUGCCUGCGCGAGCUGUCUGUGGCAACCACCCUUUCAUCACUCUUGCCGGAUCAUUUUAUGAAGCUUUAUGGAAUUAUUUUCCCGGCUGAUUGCAAGGACCGGCAGACGAACGAAUCAGGAGCUACCAGUACCGACGCUGAUGAUCUAGACUUAAUCGCAGCUACAAUUGAUGAGGAUGGUAAUCCUUUGCCUGAAGGGAUAGACAAGCUGACCCCACAAAAGCACUACUUGGCGUUUGAGCAGCCCUUGCACAUGCUCUCGGGUAUUUUUGAGGCUCGCGUAUCGCUCCCAUGGGAGCUGCGUAAGAAAGCCAUUUUUGAUAUGCUGCAAAGUCUCUCUGCUGUCCACGAUCAAGGGUAUGUCCACCGCUUCGUCGCCCUCUCGCAUCUCUUAGUGUUUAAGAAUGGUGUCAAACUGGGUGGCUUCCAUGCAAUGCGCAAGACCGCUAACAUUAAGCCAAAGGGUCGUGAAGGUUCUUCCAUUGCUGCUUAUGAAAUGACUGAUGGUGAACGUAAAGAACACUGUUACGGCGCGUGGCUGUACAUAACUGCGCCUGAAGUACUGCUUGGCGAAACGAAGUAUACGUGGCGCUCGGACGUAUGGUCGGCAGGUUGUGUGGCUCUUGCUGUUCUCCUUGAGAAGAUGUCGUUAUUGCAAGGACAGGACCUGAAGGUACAGCUUGACCUGAUUUAUCGUCUUUGCGGCGCACCGAGUUCAUCGUGGGAAAAUGCAAACAAACUCCCGCUGUACAAUACGUUUCGGCCCAAGCACGAGUACAAGACGCGCCUCCGCAAGACACUAGUCGAACAACAAUCUAAAAUCCCAGACUUUCCCGAGGAUGCGGUCGAAGUGCUUGAGGCAAUGCUUCAGUUGGACCCUGCAAGGCGCAGCACGUUGAAAAAGCUCUUAGAUAUGCGUUACUUUAACAGUGUUCGUAGCGGCGAGCAGACAUUCGACUUCGCUGGCCUCUCACCGACGUUCACCGUGCAAAAAAGGAAACUUAUGCAGCACUUGCUGAAAUCGAAGACCAAGAAGCACCGAAGUGCUGGCAGCACUAGCCGUAGUAGCGCAUCGACACGACCUUCGAAUCAUCACUCCUCUCAUAGAGACAGCAGCAGUGACCACCAACGCCACAAGCGAUCUGUGUCAUCAGCAAUCGAUGUGUUAGCUCCCGGGGACAGAUCUAGUCAUCAUGACCGACAAAAGAUCAGAAGUGGCAAGCGGAAAUUGAAAUCAUCGUCAACUUCACGACGAGGAGUCCUGCAUGACGCUGCCUCUUCUGGUGUUGACGAAUUGGAGAUGCAUGAUAGCAGCGAGAAUGUCCCACUGCCGGCUAGCUUCACUGCUUCUACUGGAUCUUCGCGUUCGAUGGUUGAUGGCGGCAGCUUACCCCCGCGUGAAAAACGUGCAAAACUUGGUUGGGGUAUGGGACUCAAUUCAGCAUCAUAA